GUGCGCCAGAAGAUCCGUCUCGGCAGCGUCAUAGCAUGGCACUGAUGAAUCCAUUUGGUAACUUUGGAGGCGACUUCUUUGGUGGUAUAAUGCGACAGAUGGAGGACAUGCAGACUCAUGCAAUGAAUGAUCCGAAUUCACAUGUGUUUUCGCAUUCAACGAUGAUUAGUUACGAUGGGCGUAACGGUGGUCAGCCACGUGUGGUCGAGAAAUCAGUUCGAAAGGCCGGCGAUGUCAAAGAGACACGGCAUAAAUUUUUCAGCCAUGCAAUCCGAACGGGCGAAGCAGGCGUCGGUGAUAAACUCACCAUUGGUCAUACAAUAGGUGAUCGGACACAUGUAAUCGAGAAGAAACGCGAUCGUGAUGGGCGUAUUCGGGAACGACAAAGUUUUGUUAAUCUUUCACAAGAGGAAGCGGAGGCAUUUGAUCGUGAAUUCACAUCGCGCGCUCGACGUAAUUUGCUGGGUGGUGGAAACGAUGCACAGAGUCGUUACGCAAUUGAAGGCGGAAGAACGCAUGGU